AACUGUCUUAGGAUGAUGUUUUCAAAGAUGAGGCAAACCACCUUGAAGACAACUGUUUUAGGGUGCAUCAGGAAGAUCUGGCUUCUGUUCCAGACUCCAUGGUUUAAGCAGAGUUUAAAACCUGUAGUUCAAGCUACAAGUACUUACGAAGAAGACGUUCAAGACUACUUGGAGGAUCAUGUUCAACGGCUGAAGGAAAAUUUGUCUCCCAUCACUGUGUCUGCUUUAGAGGGGAUGGAUCUUGUGCAGUCCAAAGAGUAUGCGUGCACAGAGGCUGUUGGUACUCGGCAGAUUUGUACCUCUGAAACUGUGGAUUCCUUCAAAGAAAACAUCAAGAGUAAGACAGAUCCCAUUCUUCCUGGCUGCAAGUUAUCUUUGACUGAAUCCCAGAGCAAAGUUGGAUGUCGCUUGGUUGCUAAGGUGCUGGAAGUUGGGGCUUCCUUGGAGAUUUCGCUCUUGUCAGUAGUUGAGGUGUCCUGGUCGUUUACUUCCUGGCUGAUGGCUGUUUCAUUGUCCUUCCAAAUCUAUGUUCCUGGCUCAAGUUCCUGGUUCACAACUGAAGAACCGUUCCAGAAACAGGCACUGGCAGUCAAGAAAGAGGAUUCCUCAAAAGAUCAGUCUUCCCAGCUCCAGAAUUUCAGCUCUGGGUUCAUGGGUGUGUCUUUCCACAAGGAGGAAAUCAUUUCAAGUGAGCCAACUUCAUCUGGUAGAUCUGGCCUGACUCCACCAAUUUCCUCUGAGGGAAAAACAGGCACAAAGAGAAAGAGAAACACCAAGAAGAGUACCAGGAAUCUGCAAAAGAGGAAGAUGAUUGGAGCAGGGCCAGAAGAGAAACUGAAGAAACCAGCGGUUGUCACGGCAACUGGUGGUGGGUCUUCUACUAACCAGACUUCCAAGGGUCAACAGAGCAGUCAAGAGUCCACCAAAAAACAGUCAUCCACCUCUGCUCGAGUGACUAGCUCCUGCCCUAGAAGUCGGAAUGCAGGAGGCACUGGGGCAUCUGGUGGAACAGGUGGGGAAGAGCCACCAGAUGACGACCGACGCGGGAACAGGUCGCCACCCCCGGAUGCAGCUGGAGCAGCAGACAAAGAGCAGGAGGAUGAAGAUGAGUCCAAGAAAGAAGGCGCUCUAAAUAUCCCAGUGAAUGUUCACAACAAGAACAAAGUGAAGGAUUACCUGAGAGAUGAUCAACGUGUUACGGGAUACUACCUUUGGGGUGAUGAUGACAACCAUGUUGCAGGGGACCAGCCAGCAACCACUGCAUCACCUGUCAAGUCCCAUGGUCGUAGGGAUGGUGGAUCCUUCUCUGGCCCUCGAGGCCGCAAGCCAAAAAAACAGCCAAAUCACGCUCCCCCGGUGGCCAAAAAUGCCUGCCGCUUCACAGCAUCCCUUCUAGGGGUUGUCAACCAAGAUGGACACCGAAGCCCUUCACCCACGGUCCAUACCAGAUUUGGCGACUACAAAGAUUCUGAAAUGUACCAACGGCCGCAAGAAUCUUACCCUACGGCCGGGUCCCGGUCACCUCCACGCUACCUGUCUGGCACGCCCGUGUUUGGGGAAUCUGAAGAGCAUCCCAACACCUACAAAGAGGUUCCUCCUGACAAGCCAAAUCUCCCCACUCGUGAUGAUGCAUCCUCAUCCCAACCGGAGCCCCUUAGAGGUGAGGAUGCUUCAGCUCUCAGUGACACCAGCUCCCAAACCCAGCCAGAGGUACCAACCAGCCAAGAGAUACCAGAAGACUACAGGCUAAUGAUUCGGCAACAGUCUUCAGGUCAAGGGAGUGUCCUAUCUCAGACAGAGAGGGUAUUAUACGCCUACAUGAGAGAAAACUUCUUGCGUGCAGCUCACAGCCAAGAGGAUCCAUUGGAAAUGGAAAAGCUAAUGCACGAGGCCAAUUCUCUGCCUGAGGAUCAUGACCAAGGAGAUGAUGAACAACUGCAAAAUCAUUAAAAUAUUACAUAUGGCAGUUAAAUGAACCUAUUCUUAAUGGCAGAUCAAUUUGAAGGAAAUGACAAGUACCUUAUGGAUAAAUGUUUUCAAUAAAAAUGAACAGAUGAGAUUGGUGUGGUUAAUUAAAACAUGCUUUCCAUUUUUUUUAAAGUAAUUAUUUGCCAAGACAAAAAUUGCCUUUCAAAGUUACUCUAUGCAGUUUGUACGUUUAUAGGUUUGAUUCGUUUUCCCUCUAAAACAUCAUAGAUUACCUGAUUUUAAUUAAAAUCCCAUACUUGCUCACGUUUUAAAUGCAAGGAUUAUUUGAACGCAAUUACAAAAUGAAAACAAGUUAAUGAUGGGGCAAUUUUGAAGGCAAUGAGUUUCAUGACGAUUCUGAGUCUUGGCCGGUUUCUCACAUUUUGUGCUUGCUGACUCUAAGUAUCUGUGAUGAAAAGAUGAGAGAGAUCAGGACAUUAUUUGUUUCUAGGUGCGUAAAACAUGGUGAAACCUACAUGAGUUUGAUGACAUUCUAUAUGAUUUUCAAAACAAUUCAAGGAGUGUUCACUAAUCCCGAGAUGUAUAAUUACCUUUUUCUUUCUCUCUUUAAAAACAAAAUUGUACAUUUAGGUUUGAAUCAUUAUUAACACCUGCAUAACCUUUGUAAUAUCCAUAUGUAGGAUAGCUUAACUUUAGUUAGAUUGUACCAUAAAGAUAUACUGCAACAACUGUGUUUAGCAAUCAAACACUUUUCUAAACACUUUCUUGCUAUCACUUUGUAAGCAUGUUUAAUUAUUUAACAUGCUUAGAAUAUUGACGCAUUGUUUAGCGAGUGAACACGUAAGAAAUCGGACACAUAUUACUUAGCUUUUAAGUUUGUUUACAAAGUGAUAGUUAGCAAGAUUGUGUUUAAUUGCGAAACACAUUGUUUAGAGUGUAGAUUAUCGUAUAUUGAAAUAUUCGGAUUAUUGGUUUUUUUAUGGUAGCAACUUUUGUUUAACUUUAAGCAUUAUAAAUGAUUCAGAUCUGAAUGACUUUAUAUACCCACCAUCCAUAUAAUUGCUGUUAUUCGUGUACGAAUAAUGAAAUGAAAAAUAUUUUAACCACCAUUUAAUUAUUAGAAGCAAACCCUUCGGACAGUGUCCAACUACACUGUACUUUAUGAGUGCGGAAAGCAGUUAAAAAUUGUGAAGCAAUUAAAAGCUGAAGUUUCCCACUAUGAUAAAAGUAUCUUUGGAACAGAGUCCAGUACUGAAUGAGCAUAUGUACAAAGCCUUUCACCACAACCAGUACUGAAACCCUAGAAGUACUAUUUUCUAAAGUAAGUAAAAAAAAAUGUCAGUAAUUGUAGAUGCUUUUCAAUAAACAUUGCAGUAGUUAUAGUGAGAUCUGAUUUAUUGUCAGUCUUCUCUGAAGAUAGAUGUAUAAUUAAAACUUCAUUUCACUCGGUAACUAAAAAGAGGGCUCAAAAUCACACAAAGUAAAUCCCCCGACCAAAUAAA